AUGCUCCUCACUCUCGCCCUGGUAUCGCUGCUGGCCAGCGCGGCCGCCCACGACCCCAACCGCCGCUCCCCAGCAGGGAUAGGCGGCGCCCACUAUGCCCAGGCGCAGAAGGUCGCUGGUGGGCAUGCCUAUGUGGUGGCGAAGCGCGACCCAGCAGGUAUCGGCGGCGCCCAUUAUGCCCAGGCCCAAAAGGUCGCGGGGGGAAACGCCUAUGUCGUUGGUCGCGACAAUUACCAGCGCGACACGGCUGGGCGCAUCAUGUACGACGAACGUGGGAUACCCAUCACGGCUACCACCACUGUCGUUGUGCCCAUGACGACGACCGAGGUUGUUUGGGUCGAUGCUACGUCGACGCCGUCGCCAUCCCCCACGUUAACGCCGUCGGAUAGCCAGUCGCCAUCGCCAUCGCCAUCGCCAUCGCCAUCGGAUAGCCAGUCGCCAUCGCCAUCGCCAUCGCCGUCAGCCACGAUAAGCUCUGAGAGCCUGUCACUGCCGUUCACCGCCAAUACACACAUCGCGCUUCCUUCCCAGUUCUCCGAGUCUUCGUCGUCUGGUACGACGUCGGCUUCGGAUACCGAGUCGUCAACCGGGUCGCCCUCUCCCUCUCCCUCCGAGUCGCCAUCGCCCUCCGAGUCACCCUCUCCCUCUCCCUCCGAGUCACCAUCCCCCUCUCCCUCCGAGUCACCUUCGCCCUCUCCAUCAUCGGACCCGUCCCCAUCCCCCUCGGGGUCCCCGUCCGAGUCCUCGCCCUCUGUCUCUCCCACGACUUCUUCGUCAGUAGCUCCCUCGCCCUCCGCCACGGCUCCCGGCAAUGGCAACCAGGGCCUCAACCGCCGCCUCAUGAACGGCUACUGGGCCGACUGGACGGCGAGCGUUCUCCCACCCGAGUCGAUCGACUGGAACCGCUUCGACGUGAUCAACUACGCCUUUGCCAUCCCGACCUUUGACGGCCGCUUACAGUUUGACCAGGACAACAGUGUGAGCUUACUCCGCCGCCUCGUCGCCUCAGCCCACGGAAAUGGAAAAAAGGUCGUCCUGUCUGUCGGUGGAUGGACCGGCUCGGCCCAUUUUAGCAGCAUCGUCGCCGAUAGUAGCCGGUCGCAGGUGUUCAUCGACAACCUUGUCGCUGCCAUCAACCAGUACCAGCUCGACGGUAUCGACCUCGACUGGGAGUACCCUGGUGUUCCCGGUGCCGGUGGUAACACGGUCUCGCCCGACGACAGCGCAAACUACAUCGUCUUCCUCCGUAAGCUUCGCCAGGCGGUUCCCCAGAACUCGCUCAUCACGGCUGCGACGCAGGUCUGGCCUUUUGCUGGACCCGACGGCCAGCCCAUGAGGGACGUGUCAGCCUUUGCCGAGGUGUUUGACUGGAUCCUGCUCAUGAACUACGACCUCUGGGGUGCGACCUCGAAGCCCGGCCCGAACGCCCCCCUCGCCGACGGGUGCAAGGACUCGGAGCAGCCCACUGCCAACGCGUACGCCGCCGUCGCGUCGUGGGUCGCCGCCGGUUUCCCCGCCAGCAAGAUUACCCUCGGUGUAGCGGCGUACGGCUACGUUCAGCGCUCGAGCGCCAGCAGCCUCAAGCAUCGCCGCGCCUACCCUCCUCCCACCAAGCGGCAAAGCGUGAGAGUGACCAACGGUGACGGUGGCACUGCCGACGGACAAGUCACCUUCCGCGGCCUGGUUCAACAGGGCGCUCUGACCCACGGCAACUUUGAGGGCGCGGGCGGCUUCACCCGACACUGGGACGAGUGUUCUUCGACUCCAUGGCUCAAGUCGUCGAGUGCCGGCCAGAUUGUCACUUACGAUGACCCUCAGAGUCUGAACAUGAAGGGCCAGUUUGCGGCGCAGGCCGGGAUCCGCGGGUGCAGCAUGUGGUCUGUGGAUGGCGACUUUAUCGACGGCUCGUGGCCGCUCACGGACGCCGUGCGCUCGGGCAUGGGCGUCUAG